GAGCAACUGUUGUGUGGGAGAAAGCAUAGGGGCCACAUAUGAUGGAUCCCAAAUCUGGGAUUUGGGGGGUGGGGGGAGAUUGCUUAUUACGUCAGCUCUGGCAGAUUUGAUUUCCCAAAGCUGCAUCUGAUGAAAUAGAUCUCCUCCCGCUUCCUUUGAAAUCCCUUCUAAGCUGCAGGAGGAUGGGUAGUGGCAGCAGUUGGCAGAUGUGAGGGGGAAAGAAUCCUCUUGCUUGUGGAUACUGUGCACUCUCUCCAGCACCAUGUCAUAAAUUUUGGGUACAGUUUUGCUCCUUCCUGGUGGUGGCUGUCACCUUUUCGUUUCAAAAACCUUACCUCUGUGGGCAUGGCUAAGGGGGCCUUUUCCUGAGCAGAUACAGUGGUACCUCUACUUACGAAUUUAAUGUGUUCCAUCUCACAUUCGUAAGUCGAAAAAAAUUGUAAGUCGAAUCCCAUAGGAAUGCAUUGGGAGAAAAAAUUCGUAAGUCGAAGCAACCCUAUCUAAAAAAUCGUAAGUAGAAAAAAAUCCUAUCUAAACCGCAUCCAAGAUGGUGGGCGGAGCUCCAUUCGUAAGUAGAAACAUUCGUAAGUAGAGUUAUUCGUAAGUAGAGGUACCACUGUAUAUAUAUAUAUAGAAGAAUCAAAGGGUCACAUUCGUUCCUCUAUGAACGGACAGUUCCCUUCCGAUGGCAAGCUCGUUUUUAAAGUUGCUGCAAUGGCAGAGCCUUUGAGCGUAUACAGAGUGCUUCCCAAAACUGAAGGGCACACUCUUCUGUUGAGAACAGGUUCAUAACAACACGUGUGUUUUAACACACAAAUGAUCAUUUGCUUUAUAUUUUUAUGCGAUGGCAACAGACUUGAAGACUGAAAUUCUGGUAGAUGGGUAAAAAUUCUGGCCAGGUAGAGAUCAUGGUUCCCUAGUUUGCUUUUACUUAUUUUUAAAGGUUUUGUGCUGCCUUUCCACAGCUUGAAAUGGGACACUUUUUUAAAAAAAUGAGAACAAUAUAUAAAGUUGACAGCAGGUAGUUAAAAGUGAAACUUCAGGGGGGUGGGGGGUGUCCGGGGGUGCCAGGAAUUUUUCACUGAGGCUCCAGAGCUAGCCUUUUCUACUGCCUCCAUCUUGAUUCUGUUGUGCUCGGUUCGUCCUUUUUUCCAAAGGGAUUUUUUCCCCUGCCCGGUUUCCAGGCUCUGCUUCAGCAAUUCUUGCCUUGGGGGAAGUGGGAGCGGCUCCUGGCACCUUCUCUCUCUCCCCCCCCCCCCAAACCUUCCCGGUGUGUCAACUCUCCUCUCUUAGCUGUUCAUUGGCGCAAGGAAACCCACACCAAAGAGGCAAGAUGGAUGAAAAGUGGCAGGAAGGGAGAGUUAGGAAAGUUCUUGUUCCACAUCGAGGCCUUUCCACUGUUUCUCCCCCCCAUUAUUGUUUUUAAGGCACUUUGCUGCCCACUUUCUCAGCCACCUGCGGUGGCAGGAGGCCAACGUCUGGCCUGUUUAUGUCUUGCUGAACUGAGCUGAGGCAGGUCCUGGCCUGUGGGUGGCUUCCGGCACCCAAACGAAGUUAUGCUUCUCCCACAGUGCCUUGCUGCUCUCAGACAGGAAUAUGCUUCCUUACAAAUCCUUUUUUUAAAGGCCAAAGUGCAGACAGGAUUUCACCCACAAGUCUCUGGCUGCUGCAAGUAACAGUCAGGAGUAAUAAUAAUGAUAAUAACAAUAACAAUAACAAUAACAAUAACAAUAACAAUAACAAUAACAAUAACAAUAACAAUAAUUUAUUUAUACCCCGCCCAUCUGGCUGGGGUUCCCCGGCCACUCCGGGUGGUUUCCAACAAAAUAUUAAAGUACAAUAGUCUGUUAAACAUUAAAAGCUUUCCUAAGCAGGGCUGCCUUCAGGUGUUUUCUAAAAGUCUGGUAGUUGUUUUUCUCUUUGACAUCUGGUGGGAGGGCGUUCCACAGGGCGGGUGCCACUACCGAGAAGGCCCUCUGCCUGGUUCCCUGUAACUUGGCUUCUCGCAGCAAGGGAACCGCCAGAAGGCCUUUGGCGCUGGACCUCCGUGUCCGGGCACAACGAUGGGGGUGGAGACGCGCCUUCAGGUAUACUGGACCGAGGCCAUUUAGCAUAGCUGCCAAGUUUUCCCUUUUCUCGCGAGGAAGCCUAUUCAGCAUAAGAGAAAAUCCCUUAAAAUAAGGGAUAACUUGGCAGCUAUGCAUUUAGGGCUUUAAAGGUCAGCACCAACACUUUGAACUAUGCUUGGAAACAUACUGGGAGCCAAUUUAGGUCUUUCAAGACCAGUGUUAUACUGUCUCAGCGGCCGCUGCCAGUCACCAGUCCAGCUGCCACAUUCUGGAUUAGUUGUAGUUUCCGGGUCACCUUCAAAGGUAGCCCCACAUAGAGCACAUUGCAUUUGUCCAAGUGAGAGAUAACCAGGGCAUGUACCACUCUGGCAAGACAGUUUACGGGCAGGUAGGGUCUCAGCCUGCGUACCAGAUGGAGCUGGUAAACAGCUGCCCUGGACACAGAAUUGACCUGCGCCUCCAUGAACAGCCCUGAGUCCAAAAUGACUCCCAGGCUGCGCACCUGGUCCUUCAGGGGCACAGUUACCCCUUUCAGGACCAGGGAGUCCUCCACACCUGCCUGUCUUCUGUCCCCCAAAAACAGUACUUCUGUCUUGUCAGGAUUCAACCUGAAUCUGUUAGCCGCCAUCCAUCCUUCAACCGCCUCCAGACACUCACACAAGGCCUUCUUCGCCUUCACUGGUUCUGAUUUGAAAGAGAGGUAGAGCUGGGUAUCAUCCGCAUACUGAUGAACACCCAACCCAAACCCCCUGAUGAUCUCUCCCAGGGGCUGCAUGUAGAUGUUAAAAAGUAUGGGGGAGAGGACAGAACCCUGAGGCACCCCACAAGUGAGAGCCCAGGGGUCUGAACACUCAUCCCCCCCCCACCACUUUCUGAACAGGGCUAGUAUGAGAGAAUAUAUUGCCAUUAACAAACAUGCGUGGACAUCCUGAUUUUGGAAGUACCUGCCCAUGUUGGUACAGGCCCCUGUCACUGGGGCCGCAGUCAAGGGACCUUGUAGAAAUGUCUCUAAGCUUAAGAUGCUGCUGCCUUCAGGCGAUCUGCUUCACAACGGCAGACCCUUAUUCCAAGAGACAGUGUAGCAGCCACAGAGGGGGUUCCGCCAUGAAGCUCACUGAUUUACCUUGGGCCAGUCAGUGUCUCUUAGCCUAACCCAGCUCACAGGGUUGUUGUGAGAAUAAAAUGAGGAGGUGCAGAGCCAUGUGCGCCAACUUUUGCUCCAUGGAGAAAUGAUGCUUAUAUAAACACAGUAAUUAACAAAUAAAUGCUAAAUAUCUUCUCCUAGCUGCCUUGUACCCGGCAUUGCCUGAGAAUUCUAAGAAACCCCUCUCCAAAAAUCAGUGCGGUUUUGAAAUCUGCGUUUUAAACCAGAGUUCCUUGAUCUCGGGAACCAUCAUGUAAAAUUUGGUUAACGCUUUCUUAGCCGCUGUCCGUCCAAAUGCAUAGCGAGCUACCAAAAUAUAUAGUUGAAGAUGGGAACAGUCGCAAAGACGUGGACAGCCGGUGUCAAAAGGGAACCGGUGUGUGGUUGCCGAUUCCUGGUUAUUCAGGAUUCCUGACCGAUGGGAGCAGAUGGACAGAGCUGGUGUCAGUACUGGUGGUAAUGGGGGUUGCAUAUUGAUGGCAAUCAACGGUUGCAAACCAUAGCGAUGAGGGUGUACUGGCGAGAUUGGCAGAGCUGGUGCCACACCUGGUGAAUGGGUCCUGCUGAUGUGUAGAUGCUGAACCAAAAACAAACCCCUGUGUUGCAAUAAGAACCAAUCACAACAAUACAAACACAACAUGUAGGUUAAUAGUUAGUAGAGAGAGAAUAUAUAAUAGAAUAAUGAUAUCAUUCAAAUUAUAGGAAUAAGCCAGUACUACUGAGGUAGCUCAGUUUUGUUGUCAUUCAUCGGUUGUAUGCCUUGUAUCUUAUUUCCAGCUGAUGAAGACUACUGUAUUACGAAACAGUAGUAUCAUUCCGUAGACACUGUCCUUUUGGGGCUUUUGAGAGGUCCUCUACUGAAACUUUUGAAAGACUAUUGAGAGACUUUACUUUUGAAACUUUUGAGACGUCUUCUGUUGAAACUUUUGUGAGACUGUCCUUAGACGUCUGUUCUGAACACAGGGCUUGACGGUCCUCGCUACCACUCUGUUACAUUGUACAUAUGAACUUCGAUUGACUUAUUCCUAUAAUUCGAAUGAUAUCAUUAUUCUAUUAUAUAUUCUCUACUAACUAUUAGCCUGGGGACCCAGGUGGCGCUGCGGGUUAAACCACUGAGCCUAGGGCUUGCUGAUCAGAAGGUCGGCGGUUCAAAUCCCUGUGACGGGGUGAGCUCCUGCUAACCUAGCAGCUCGAAAGCACGUCAAAAUGCAAGUAGAUAAAUAGGAACCGCUACAGCGGGAAGGUAAACGGCUUUUCCGUGUGCUGCUCUGGUUCACCAGAAGUGGCUUUGUCAUGCUGGCCACAUGACCUGGAAGCUAUACGCCAGCUCCCUCGGCCAAUAAUGCGAGAUGAGCGCUGUGACAAAUUGAAGCACUUUUGAAACGUUUAUUCCUACCCGGCUGGCAAAGAGUUAACCCACCUCCAGCCUGACUGACAUAGAAUUCUGAUGGGGGCGGGACUGUGCCCAGUUUAAAAGGAGGGAGUGUCGGUUUGGUCAGUUAGGAGGGAGAGGGAGGAAGGUGUGGUGUCUUGUAUGAAGAAAGUGAAGAGGCUAGGAAAACUUAAAGUUAAAUGUUUGACUGAGUUUUUUCUUGUACAACUGGAACAAGGCAAAUAAAUACAUGACACGUUAAAGAAACACUUAUGCUUUUAACACAAUAAAACUUCAUCUCUGUUUUUGCCAAAAAGGUCCGUCUUUAUUUUUCCAGCGAGGUACCAGGACUCACAGCCGUGGUGGCUCAAGAGAGGGCAAAGCUCACCUCAGGCAGGGAGGUGGCAGUUUGUGUCCUGGAGUUACACGGAGGAGGCUUUGAAGGGUAACCUGAGGUGCCAAGGAGUUGCCAGAGUGAAAAGGGCAAACUUUUUACAGUGGGGAAUCCAACUGAGGGAGACCCUUUACUGUAGGCAAGAGGUUAUUCCAUCGGACAGCCUAGAGUUUCUUAAGGUACCAGGCCACGCAAGCUGGAAGGCUCUCCUUACUAAGAAACCCACUAGUAAAAGGGGUUUAUUUUUGAGGCGGCAGGAGAAGAGGGUGGGUGUUUUCCCCUCUGGAUUCCUGUGUCACAAUGAUAGUAAGAGAGAGUGGGACACCUGGUCGUCACAAGCGCCCAACCCCAGAGUCGGUCACGACUGGACCUAAUGGUCAGGGGUCCCUUUACCUUUAACUAUUAGCCUACGUGUUGCGUUUGUAUUGUUGUGAUGGGUAGAUGCUGGCUUCCGGGUGGGAGUGUGCACUGUCGUAAUAAUACUAACAAUUUUAUUAUUUGUGCCCCUCCUGUCUGGUUGGGUUUCCCCAGCCACUCUGGGCAGCUUACAGCAUCUAUAAAAACAUAGUACUGUACUGUAAAAUAUUGAGCAUUAAAAACUUCCCGAUACAGGGCUGUAUAGGGUAUUAUCUGGUGAUACUGGUGUGUGUGGAUGUUGGUGCUGAUGAUGUUUCUGCGGCUGACUUCUUGCCCCUCUGUCCCACACCAGCUGCCAGAGGUGGAGGACCCUGACCGGGGCCAACCGUGUCAGAGGUGCGGAGAGCAGUGCCCAGGCUUCCUAGUGCAUGGAUGGAGGAAGAUCUGCCAACACUGCAAGUGCCCAAGGGAGGAGCAUGCGGUGCGCAUGGUGCCUGUCGACCUGGAGAGGAUGAUGUGCCGCCUCAUCUCUGACUUCCAGCGCCACUCGAUCUCAGACGAUGACUCUGGCUGUGCCUCUGAGGAAUACGCCUGGGUGCCCCCAGGGCUCAAGCCUGAGCAGGUCUAUCAGUUCUUCAGCUGCCUCCCAGAGGACAAAGUCCCCUACGUCAAUAGCCCUGGGGAAAGGUACCGCAUUCGCCAGCUGCUCCACCAGCUUCCCCCCCAUGACAGUGAGGCUCAGUACUGCAGCUCUCUGGAAGAGGAAGAAGCGAAAGAACUGAAGUUAUUCUCACAGCAACGAAAGCGAGAGAACCUGGGACGUGGGACUGUCCGGCUCUUCCCUGUCACCAUAACCGGAGCCAUUUGCGAGCAGUGCGGGAAGCAGAUAUGUGGUGGGGACAUUGCGGUCUUUGCCAGCCGGGCCGGGCAUGGCGCCUGCUGGCACCCACAAUGCUUUGUUUGCACCACCUGCCGGGAGCUCCUCGUCGACCUCAUCUACUUCUACCAGGGUGGCAAGAUCUACUGUGGGCGUCACCACGCCGAGCGCCUCAAACCGCGAUGUGAGGCCUGCGAUGAGAUUAUCUUUGCAGACGAAUGCACAGAGGCUGAAGGCCGCCACUGGCACAUGCGCCAUUUCUGCUGCUUCGAGUGCGAGGAGGCGCUGGGUGGGCAGCGGUACAUCAUGCGCCAGAGCCGCCCCUACUGCUGCCGUUGCUAUGAGAGCCUCUACGCAGAGUACUGUGAUGCCUGUGGCGAGCACAUUGGCAUUGACCAGGGCCAGAUGACCUACGAGGGCCAGCACUGGCAUGCCACAGAUGCUUGCUUCAGCUGCUCCCGCUGCCACCAGCCUCUGCUGGGGAAGCCCUUCCUGCCCAAGCAGGGCCAGAUCUUCUGCUCUCGGGCCUGCAGCCUGGGCGAGGACCCCAACGGCUCGGACUCCUGCGACUCGGCCUUCCAGAGUGCCCGCUCCCAAGACUCCCGACGAGCCAGCUGGCAGCAACGGCGGGUUCAGGCCCAGCGCUCGCCCUCCUCCUCCCAUGUCACCCGCUCCAUUUCCUUUGGAGGGCAGCCAGCACCCGCUAGUUCGGCCCCAAGGAUCCGAAGGAGCUGGAGUGGCUUAUCUGGAGCAGGGGAGGAGGUGCCCACGGAAACAGAGGAGCUCUCGGAUCCAGAUAGCAACGGCUCGGGCUGCAGCCAGAGUUGCGAGGAGCCAGUCAAAUGCACCUCUCGGGGUACUUCCACUUGCCCCCCACCAGCCGUGGACCAGGAGCCAGGAACAGGGACUGAGAGGCGGCCAUGUUUCCAACGCACAUCCCCCUUGCGCCAUUCUAUGCCGGAGCUGGGUAUACACUCCUCCAAGAUCCCAGACUGGAGCAGCAGCUCAGCUUCCAAACUCCAAGCACCUGCCCAGCUGCGACCCAGCGAGGGGCCUGAGCUGGGGAUGGCGAGCUUUGCCCGGGGAGGGGCACCCCGAGUUAGCUUCCGGGAGCCCCUGGUCUCGGGAGAGCCCAGUGCUCCUGGUCUCGAGAAGACCUCCGCCGACACCCAGCUGCUUCAGAACGGAAGCGUUAGCCGCAGACACCCUCGCUCCACCUCGGACAACUCUCUCAACCUGGGGAGCCAGGGCUGGCGGCCGGCAAGGAAAGGCACAGCGGAGGGCAGAGGAGCGAGCCUCUCCUACUCUGCUUCUGAGGGGGCCUUUCCUGCCUGGCACCGGCGCUACCCGCCCCGGGGAUGGGACUUCAGCUCUUCCGAUUCCUCCGAUUCCUCCUCAGAGGAAGAAGGGUAUUUUCUCGGGGAGCCGAUACCCCUGCCCCCCCAUUUACGAGGCGGAGCUAGCCCCACAGAGUCCACGCCACCCACUGACUCGAUACGUAAGCGGCAGCGCCGGAGGCUGCGAGUGGUCCGGGACAAGAAUUGCGUCGUUGCAUAGACCUGACUUCCACCCUCUGGACUUCGGCCACAAGAAUCCCAAGUAUGAAAUCGGGAUUUAGGCUUGGAACCACGGACCUUUGCUCCGUCUGCCAUGACUGCUUUGACUCACGACCCCUCGCCAGGGAUCCUCUUCAAGUGACCUCUCCAUUGCAACCAUUGAAAUUCCCUCACCUUUCCUCAGGGACCCUCAAGCUCUCUUUUUCCAUGGUGACCUUUGAUCUUUAGAUGUGACCCUUCUGUGAAGAACCUUAACUCCUGUCUCUGGUGGUCUUUGAACUUUGGUUGUGUUUCUUUUCCAUUGUGGCCUUUUGACCUCUGCACUGUGACCUCCUGAACACGAAUUAACCCUUCUGUCUUGAACCUUCGGAGUGAUGGUCUUCUGAACCUCUGCACUGUGCCCUAUGAACUUCCAAAUGCAGUUUCUUACCUGGGAACCCUUGAACUUUGGUUUUGACCUUUCCACUGUGGCCUCUGAACUUAUCUCACCUCUUCUGGGUUGACCCUUGUUGAUCAUUGACUUUCAAGUUGCCAUUAUCAAUUGCCUGCUUUCAAACUCUGGGUGCUUUUUUUCUCUAUAGAUCAGGUGUUUGGUGUGUAUGUGUUGUGGGGGUGAACUCCUUUCUACAUCUGGUACAGGUUUGCACCCAAUCGAAGAUGGGCACCAGCUGUCCUCUAUAGGGCAAAGCCUGCAACAGAUAUUCUCAAUCCACCUCAAACUACUCUUCUCUGUCCUGUCUCCUUGCACUUUGUGUAUCUCUUGAGUUCACAAUUUUUAAAAAUUGGGUGGUGUUUUUUUUUUCUAAUUGAGGAUUUAAUUUAAUUGAAAUUUAAAUAAAAAUAUAUGAAAACACUUCUGUGCUGCAGUGGAUCAUCGCAGGGUGUCGGGCCUUAACAAGGAAAGCAGGAUGCUGUGCAGCGAACACGCGGAAUGGUCCUCUGUGCAGAAGGGGUAUGGUGACUUCUUGCAUCCCCGUCUUGAACCAAAGAGGGAAAGAUAAAACACUUCCGUGCACUCGUCACUAGUUUCAUAACGAAGCCCCUGGAAGCUAACCUAAACAUACAAGGCAAUUUUCUCUGUCUCCCCAAACUGUAUGGCAGGCUACAGCGGAGUAAAUCCUUUGUUCCUUUAUAUUCACCUCUUCUAUUUUACCCAAGGGUGCUUCCUUCACCAACAUACCGGUACACUAACGUAGCAGAAAGCAGCCAGCUUUGGAGAUUUCAGUGGGCAGUGCUGAUACACUUUUAAGACUGCCUUGUAAGCAUAUGGACAAGAAACGUGGCAUUUUAUUUUUAAUAAAUCAAAAUGAUGAUUCGUAUGUUGCCCACUCGGUGUACCUACAGAAAUACAGAAUACACUCAGCUUUGAUUACCGUAGACUAAGGACGCUAAGUAAUGAGAAAGUUUCAAACAACUCAAUGGAGGCUUGUACCCAUUUAUUUAGUGGAGAUUUUGUGUACACAGCACUUGGGUGUGUGAGCUGGCCCUCAAAGCAUUCGCGUUUAAGGAUAAAAAUAAAGCAGUGUCGUUCACGCAGCGGAGUUCAGCUCAAUAUAGCCACAGUGUGCUGCUAAGUUAGAUUUAGUCCUCCAGGGAGAAUUUCCCUCCUUCCAGGGGGGCAUCCCAUGUUUAUUAUUUAUACUCCUGUGCCAAAUUCAUAGCCCCAACUAUAACCGACAACACAUGAACUUCCCUGGCAUAUGAGUGCUUGAGGAGUUGGGCUAAAUUUGCAGUCAGGUUGUUGCCAUGCUGAGGUUCCUUCUGCCCCACAUUCUGAGCACAUUUUAUCAUCUUCAUUUGUCUCCUGUUUGCUAAAGGAGCACACAUGAGGAUAUUACAUCUUCCCGUAAACAACCCAAAGAAUGACCAAGGCUAUUCUGCCAACUUCAUGGUGCUGUAGCUGCUGAGAGAUUUUACUUUCUUGGGCUCCUUGAUCACUGCAGAUGGUGACAGCAGUCACGAAAUUAAAAGACGCCUGCUUCUUGGGAGAAAAGCAAUGACAAAUCUAGACAGCAUCUUAAAAAGCAGAGACAUCACCUUGCCUACAAAGGUCCGUAUAGUUAAAGCUAUGGUUUUCCCAGUAGUGAUGUAUGGAAGUGAGAGCUGGACCAUAAAGAAGGCUGAUUGCCGAAGAAUUGAUGCUUUUGAAUUAUGGUGCUGGAGGAGACUCUUGAGAGUCCCAUGGACUGCGAGAAGAUCAAACCUAUCAAUUCUUAAGGAAAUCAGCCCUGAGUGUUCAUUGGAAGGACAGAUCAUGAAGCUGAGGCUCCAAUACUUUGGCCACCUCAUGAGAAGAGAAGAAUCCCUGGAAAAGACCCUGAUGUUGGGAAAGAUUGAGGGCACUAGGAGAAGGGGACGACAGAGGAUGAGAUGGUUGGACAGUGUUUUUGAAGCUACGAACAUGAGUUUGACCAAACUGCAGGAGGCAGUGGAAGACAGGAGAGCCUGGCGUGCUAUGGUCCAUGGGGUCACGAAGAGUCGGACACGACUAAACGACUAAACAACAACAGCUGCUGUUUCCCGCACCCCAUGAAUUGCCUUCUUUUUUAAAUGAUUCUCUGCAUGUACCGUGUCAUCAAAGAAGAUGGAGCUUGACGAUAGCCACUGUGUAGUCAGUUUGGGGGUUGGAGAGCUGGCCUGGCCUUCAUUAAUGCUUUCACUUCCCACUUUUCCUUUGGGGUGUUCUGUGUAGCAUGUAUCUGGGUUUUUAGGUGGCCUCGGGCAUUCUGUAGAGUCUGCUUCACUUCAGCAAAGUAUCUUUGGAUCACUUCCUAGCUCCAAGCAUUUAUGAGUGUGGAACGGCAAUGGCCACAUCAAUCUAGCCCUUCUUAGAUGGCAACAACUUUAAGGAAGUCUACAGUGAGAUGGGAGCAAGAAAAGAGCUCAUGAACGUCCUUCUGAAGGGGAUCUUUUAGGAGACUUCUCUUUCCACCACAUGCACAAGAUCCAAUGCAAUUUGAGAUUUAAAAAACGGGAGAAGCCCCGCCAAGCUGCUCCAGGGGCCACAUUGGGCUGAUGGGCUUCCCCAGUCUAGCCGAAACUAGACUGAGGGAAAGAAGGUCAGUGGGUGGGAGAAGGAAGAGAAGGAUAAAUAAGUCACAGAGUGCAGUGAUCAUGGGCCCUGCAGAAUGGUGCCUUGUCUGUGUAAUCAGAAUUUUAUCUCUUCAUGAGGGCUAGAUACCAUGUGCUUUAAAACGGAAUUUCUUUCAAAGAAGGCAGUGGAG